AUGGAGGGUCAAUGGCGAUCCGAAAUUCCCGAAGACGUACGCAAGAAGAUGAUUACGGAAAUGUAUCAUGAGCUUGCGCGUAUCUCGGGUGAGGUAGACAAGCAGAAAGUAUGGGGUUCGGCCGCAAAAUUUGAGUUGAUGCUUUGGUCCAGCAGUCCCGAUCGGAACUCGUAUUUGAUGAAAAUGCAACGAAAAAUCAUGAGUCUUAAGAAAAAGCCAGGCCCGAACGAUAUGCAACAGCAAGCUAACAUGAUGACUAACGCCAACAAUGUCGUGACGUCUAAUGCUAUUAACAAUGCAGCCAGUGGCUUGAACAACACACUUAAUAUGAACAUGAACUCAGUCAAUGUGAACGCAACUAUGAACGCACAGCAAUAUCAGCAGAAUCAUGUGGCUCAACAGAAUUCCGCUAUGGCUGCCGCCACGAAUGGAUUGAGUAGUGUUUCGCCGGCUUUAAACCCAGCGGCGACGGCUAGUGGAAACGCUAGCAGUGCUACACCAAUGACGUCCGGUACCGCGACCACAACAAGUCUGUCUAAUCCUCCACAACAACAGGCGCAGCAGUGGCUGCAGCGAAUACAAGUACAGUUUCAAGCUCAACAGCGACAGCUAUUGCACACACAGAAUCAAGAGACCCAGCAACUUCGACAACAACACAUGAAUCAGCAGCAACAGCUUUCCCAGCAGCAUCAGCAGCAAGGAGUAGCCCCAGACAUGCGACGCCAGCAGCUACAGACUCUCCAACAACAACAUCAAUUGGCACGUACGCGACUGCAACACUUGCACAAGAGCAAGCAACAACAAUUGCAGCGCAAACAACAGCAGUAUUUGAUGCAGAAGCAACACCAGCUUCAACAGCAGCAACAGCAAGGAGCGCUUGCUACCGCUACUACAAAUAGUGCACUAUCUACGGCUAUGAUGGCUACUUCUCAAGCCGGAGUCGCAACUACACCGAUUUUGAUUUCUAAUGCCACGACAGUGCAAAACACAGUGCCUCCAGUGUCAAACACACAAGGUGCAGCCGCUAUUGCAGCAGCACAGCGAGGAGUAAAGCCGGAUCAAAUAGCAGCUGCCCAUACGCAACAGGCAGCAAUGCGCGAGAUGCAGCGUGCGCAGAAUACGUCUCAGUUGCUCUCGGAUAGUACAUUGAAGCACCAGCCUUCCAAUGGCCCUGCAACGAACGCUACAACGCCCGCUACUACGGUUUCGACAGCAAAUGUCACGACAACCUCAACGACUAGUGGCAAUGACACCCAGACUUACGUCGAAAGAUUGAAGGAGAUGAAGCAAAAGUACUGGGAUGAUCUUGUGAUUGUCUACCGAGAAUUUGAACGCAUGGUUAAGCAAAAACCGGCAAAUCAGCAGCAGGAGCGCAUCAAUACGUUCUUGGUGAAUUUGAAGCGCAUUAUUGCACUUUUACAGCAAGAUCCAUCGAAAGUUACAAGUAGCAACAAGAAUGACUUGGACCGUGUGGAAGCACAUAUUCACAAGCAGGUGCUGCCGAUUUUGGAUCGAUUGAAGAAUAAAACGCGUGCUGCUACAGGAAAUGCGCCCAUAAGUGCGGUGACGCAACAAGAACAGUUAAAGAAGGCCCAGGAAGCGCAGCGGCUAGCACACCUUCAGGAGCAGCAAAAAAAGAUGCAAGAACAACAGAAAGCAGAGGUUCAGCGCAAGCUUUUUGAAGAACAAAAGAAAAAAAUGCAACUCGAGGCGGCAGCCGCGGCGGUCAAGAAGCAAGAAAUUUUCGAACAGCAGCGCAAGCAAAAAGAAAAACAACUUCAAGCCCAGCAGGUGUUGUUGCAGCAACAACAGCGACAGCAAUUGCUUGCCCAACAGCAGGCUCAGCUUAAGCAGAAUCAGAUGAGUGUGACAGCUCAACAGCAGUCUGCAACCUCACUUGGAGUAACGGAAGCUACAACUGCGGCUUCAAUGCUGGCGACGGACAACAGUCUACCCUCAGCGUCAGUCGUUGGAUCUAGCGGGUCACCUACUAGUCUUGGGUCAACUUCAGAAAGCCCAAUCGAUAUGUCGACUUUGUCUCCUGUAGAAGCAACCAGCGUGGCAUCAUUGACCCCUGCGCAAUACCAAACGUUUAAGCUCCCAGAGGCACGCAAACAGCAAUUAACGGCGCAGCAUGCCAAGUUGCGUGAACAGCAGCAAGAACUUAUCAUGCAACAAAGUCGAGUCAAGACGCCGUCUCACCAGGCGAAACUAGCACAGCAGGCCCAGCGUGUUGCGCAGAUGAUUAACAAGAUCUCGCAGCAAUUAGUUCAGUGCAAGUUGGCGGAGGAGUACGAGCAGUCCAAGAACAUGGGAAUGACUCCGAUAAUGCAAUCAACACCGGGAGUAACCGCAACAGCGAGUGUGAAGCCAGAAUGUGAUACAGUGACGUCUGGUGUGACCGGCACGAGUGCUGACUUGGCCUCUGUCUCGGCCACUUCGUCACCAGGUCUGGCAGUCCCAGAUGCUGGAUCAGUAGUUGACGCUACAGCUGCUGGUUUGAACUCUGAUGCCGCGGCAUCAGGGAAAAUGGACGAUGGAUUUAAGUCAGUGUUACCCGACAUGACAGGCUUGGGUGCAUCCGAGAAGCUUUUGACCGCCGUAGCUGCUUACGAAAAACACAAACCUGAAGUACUGAAGCGCGGCUCAGCGCGUUUUUCCCGCAUAGCAAUUGCAAUCGGUGCUAAGCUUAACACAUCAUACGUGGUAUCGUAG